CUGGAUUCCUCUAUAAAUACAUCGACCGUCAAACAACCUUGGUCAUUAUGACUUUCAAUAUUGCAAUAUUUACAACUUUAAUACCGUUUUGUCCAAACAUAUGGCUACUUUACUUGUGCACAUUUAUAGCCAUGGUCGGUGGCGGCGCCUAUGAUAGCAGUACAUCCGUUUGGAUCAUAGAGUUAUGGGGCGACCAAUCGGGGCCAUGGCUACAGAUAUCGGGCCUCACUUACGGAUUGGGCAAUAUUUUUGCCCCAAUGAUAGUUAGGCCAUAUCUGACUGGAGACCUGUCCCAUAGGACACAAUUAGUCAACUCAUUGGUUUCCAAUAUAAACAAUACUAAUAAUAUAGAUAUUAAUGAUUCUGUUGAUAGACGAGCUCUAUUACAAGUGCCAUAUAUGAUCGUAGGGGCCAUUUGCACCAUAGGACCUGUGUUGUUAUUAAUAAUGCACCUUGUUAAACGAUACCAUGUACCAAUGGAUAGACUUACACAACAACAUAUUGAAAGUAAACCGUGUGCUUUGGCAGAAGGGCUUGAGGCCAAACAAUCUACAGCCCCAGCAAUGAUAGCCCUGACCCCCACAAUGAGAGCAUUAAUAAUAGCAUUGAUCGCCGUAUCUAUGAGUUUAUACGUUGGUAUGGAAUUCGCCUAUUUCUCCAACAGUCCCACAUAUUUUCAAUAUUUGGCCAUCAGUUUGUCGGCCAAACAGUCGGCCGAUCUGUUGACAGCCGUCACCACUACCUAUACGUUGGGCCGAAUAUCGGCCGCAUAUAUGGCCAGCAAAUUGAGGCCCGAAGUAAUGCUCGCCAUUCACUAUGUAAUCAUUGGCAUAUCGUUGGGUACAUUAUAUUUGGGACAGACAUCGAUAAUAGCCAUAUGGAUUGGAAAUGUAGGCUUUGGUUUAGGAUUGAGUGCCCUUUGGUCCGGCUGUAUUCUCGAUAACAGCGAGUAUGUUAUGGUUGGUCUCACCAUAGCCAUCCUGAGUACAAGCAUAAAAGGCAUGGCCAACAAUAUUCUUGCGCCCACCAUGGUUGAUAUGAAGUUUAUGUUCCGCACAUCGAUGUCACUUAUAACCUAUGUAAUAACUUUAGGUGGUGUGGGACAAAUCACCCUAAUUAUAAUGACUGUAAUAAUGGGUGUAUUUUGUGCAUUAAUGCCUAUUUGUACCAAUAUAUGGCAAUUAUAUCUAUGUUACUUUACCCUUUCAUUGGGCUCCGGGGCGUGGGAUAGCAGUAACGCCGUGUGGGCUAUAGAGAUGUGGGCCGACAACAGCCCACCAGUGCUCCAGUUGUCGCAAAUGAUGUCCGGUUUGGGCUCAAUAUUGGCCCCAUUGUUGGUCAGACCGUAUCUAACGGGCGAUCUGUCCGUCGAUAGGCUUAACUCAACGGCAAAUGAUUUAUUAAACUAUACGGUAAACAGAAGGACUCGCCUAACCAUACCCUACAUGGUUACCGGUGCCAUCUACUAUUCCAGCGCCGGAGUUGUCAACAAAAACGAGGAAUGGUUGAACUCGUAUUGGGGACUCGAGACG